CAUUCCAUUCCUCACAAGUAACAAACCGCCCAUUCUCCCAACCCCAACAAAGGAAAGGGGGGAGAAAGGAGAGAGUUCUGAAAAUUUCAAUUACCCACAUCAACGGGGUAUCGUAUCGGAGAUUCUGAUUUUCAGGGCCAAUCUCCAUUUUUCUCCAUCUCCGAUCGACGAUUUUGCUCAACAGCCGAUCUCACUGGCUUGUGGAACCAUAGGAUCUGUUGGAUGAUCGUCGUUUCCUGGCGGAGCAAUGAAUAAUCAUUCAAUGGAACUUGGGAGGCCUGCCUCAGGCAAAAGAAGGUUAAGGGACCUAUUGCUUCAAAGGGAUAAUCGCGUCUGUGCAGAUUGUUGUGCUUCAGAUCCUAAAUGGGCUUCAGCAAAUAUUGGAGUUUUUAUAUGCUUGAAAUGUUGUGGUGUUCACAGAAGUCUUGGUUCUCAUAUAUCAAAGGUGUUAUCAGUGACGUUGGAUGAAUGGAGUGAGGAUGAAAUUGAUGCCAUGGUAGAGGUUGGAGGAAAUUCUUCAGCAAAUUCAAUUUACGAAGCCUUUAUUCCUGAAGGAUAUACAAAACCUGGACCAGAUGCCACCCAUGAAAAACGUUCAAAAUUUAUUCGGUCCAAAUAUGAACUUCAAGAAUUUCUGAAACCGAGCUUAAGAAUUUUAUCAUCCAACUCUGACAAAAGCAAUAUCCAAGCAAACUUUUCUGCAAAGAUCAUGAAUAGUUUUCGUUCAAAGUCUUCACAGAAAUCAGCAGGUAUGGUGGAGUUCAUUGGAUUAUUGAAGGUCAAAGUGAUUAAAGGGACAGACUUAGCUAUCAGGGACAUGAUGUCGAGUGACCCUUAUGUUGUUUUGACUCUUGGACAACAGACUGUUCAGACAACUAUAGUCAAGAGCAACUUAAAUCCUGUGUGGAAUGAGGAUCUCAUGCUAUCUGUACCUCAAUGUUUUGGGACCUUAAAGUUGCAAGUAUACGAUUAUGACACAUUUUCAGCAGACGACAUAAUGGGAGAAGCAGAAAUCGAUCUUCAGCCCUUAAUAACAUCCGCAAUGGCAUUUGGAGAUGCUGGAUUGUUUUCAAAUAUGCAAAUUGGAAAAUGGCUGAAAUCACACGAUAAUGCUCUCAUAACCGAUAGUACUGUUAAUAUUGUUGAUGGCAAGGUGAAGCAAGAGAUAUCACUCAAGCUUCAGAAUGUGGAAUCAGGAGAACUAGAUCUAGAGCUAGAAUGGAUGCCUCUUGAACAAUAGCUAAAUCAUUGUUCAUCUGCCAAGUCAAUCUUUCGUUGAAGAUGAACGUGGAUGCGAUGCCUAUCUUUCUCUAAGGAUAGGCGAUUGCAGAAUUGGGCAAGGUUUUUACUACUUCCGAGAAAUUUGUGGAUAAUGUGAGUGUUGCUAAAGUUGCAGAAAGCUAGAGCGGUGUUCGAAUGGCGUGGAAUGUGUCCCUUCUUGUGGAAUCUGAGGCACCGCAUACUGUUAAUUAAUGUGUUGAACAUAAAACUAUUUGAUGAUUCUGAUAUUUAAAACAUUUUUGAGGAUAUACAGGAGAUGGUGUCUACUUUAGGUAUCCCUGUUUUUCUUAUGUUGGUAGAUCAGAUGAGGAGGCUGGGUAGCUCAAGAUCUGCCUAUAUUUACCUGUAAUGUCCUAAACAGUCUCUGUAUGAGCUGAGCCACUAUUUUGAGAGAAAUUUGUUGGAUGUUCAGACUUCUCUU